AUGAUCGCAUUCCACCUCCAAGUUGAAAGCCAAGCUAGCUCCCGUGGUAUACCGGCAUAUGAUUUGAUUGCAAUGGGCCUUUGGCAUUCAAAUCAAUCUUCUACCGCGGUAUUCCCGCGUAUGACUAGCUACCGCGGUAUACCCGCUUAUUGGCCUAUUAACGAUCGUUGUGUUCCUAACCCAUGUCAGAAUAAUGGGCGUUGUUAUUCAGGCCAACGACGACUUUUUGAUGGUGGUGAGAGGUACCGCUGUUCAUGUCGUCGUGGUACUGCUGGACCCAAGUGUGAAAUCAUCGUGCGAACCAAAUGUGAUUUUGAAGAUCCAUACAACUGUCACUUUUCCCAAGAUUACUAUGAUGAUUUUAAUUGGAUAAGAACAUCUGGAUCAACAAACGCAUCUGGUACUGGCCCUAAGUAUGACCACACCUACGGAACAUUACAAGGUUUCUAUAUGUACAUGGAAACUUCAAAUCCGAGAAACUAUAAUGAAACUGCACGAACUUGGAUAUGGUCAUAUACUGCAACGAACGUCACAUGCGUUGAGUGGUUCUACCAUAUGUACGGCACCACAGGGAACAUAUUAAAUGUGUAUAUAGCCAAUGCACCACAUGCUGUUGGUACACCUGCAUGGACAGAAAAAAACAACCAAAGAAAUAUUUGGCAACUUGGACAAAUCUCAGUCGAAACAGACAAUUCCUACUACUAUAUAAUAUUUGAAGGAAUUGUAGGAAGUAGUAGUACAGGUGAUAUUGCUUUAGAUGAUGUCAGGAUCACUGAUGGAGCAUGUUCGAGAGAUGCGCAAACCAAAUGUGAUUUCGAGGAUACAUACAUCUGUUACUUUGAACAAGAUGAAUAUGAUGAUUUUGAUUGGAUAAGAACAUCUGGAUCAACACCCACAUCUGGUACUGGCCCUAAGUAUGACCACACCUACGGAACAUUACAAGGUUCCUACAUGUAUAUCGAAACUUCAUAUCCGCGAUACAACAACGAAACUGCACGUCUUUGGACAUCGUCAUAUCCCGCAACAAACGGCACAUGCGUCAUGUGGUUUUACCACAUGUACGGGGCCACAUUGAAUGUGUACUUAGUCAAUACAGAAGGUACCUUUGGUGCAACCGCGUGGGCAAAUAGAAACGAUCAAGGAAACAUUUGGCAACUUGGAAAAUUCUCAGUUGAAACAAAGAGUGCCUUCCAGAUAGUGUUUGAAGGAAUUGUAGGAAGUGGUGAUAAAGGAGAUAUUGCUUUAGAUGAUGUCAGGAUCAUCGAUGGGGCAUGUUUGAGAAACGAAACUUGCGAUGUUGACUGCUUGAACGGCGGAGUCUGUGUCUUGGAUUACGGAAACGAGAACUGUCAGUGUGUGUCUGGUUUUUUUGGACCAACAUGCAAUAUAUCAAAAAACCAAUGUGAUUUUGAAAAUCCACACAUCUGUUACUUUGUACAAGAUAAAUAUGAUGAUUUUGAUUGGAUAAGAACAUCUGGAUCAACACGCACAUCUGCUACUGGCCCUGCUUAUGACCACACCUACGGAACAUUACAAGGUUCCUACAUGUACAUCGAAACUUCAUAUCAGCAAUACAACCAAACCGCUCGUCUUUGGACAUUGUCAUAUCCCGCAACAAAUGGCACAUGCGUCAAGUGGUUUUACCACAUGUACGGGGCCACAGUGAACACAUUGAAUGUGUACCUAGUCAAUAAGGAAGGUACCGUUGGUGCACCUGCAUGGACAAAUAAAAACAAUCAAGGAAACAUUUGGCGACUUGGAAAACUGUCAGUUAAAACAAAGAGUGCCUUCCAGAUAAUGUUUGAAGGAAUUGUAGGAAGUGGUGAUAAAGGAGAUAUUGCUUUAGAUGAUGUCAGGAUCAUCGAUGGGGCAUGUUUGAGAAACGAAACUUGCGAUAUUGACUGCUUGAACGGCGGAGUCUGUGUCUCGGAUUACGGAAUCGAGAACUGUCAGUGUAUGCCUGGUUUUCUUGGACCAACUUGCAAUAUAUCACAAUACCAAUGUGAUUUCGAAGAUCCACAUAUCUGUUACUUUGAACAAGAUAAAUAUGAUGAUUUUGAUUGGAGAAGAAAAUCUGGAUCAACAUACACAUUAAAUACUGGCCCUACAUAUGACCACACCUACGGAACAUUACAAGGUUCCUAUAUGUACAUCACAUAUUCGGGAUACAACAACAAAAAAGCUCGUCUUUGGACAUUGUCAUAUCCCGCAACAAACGGCACAUGCGUCAAGUGGUUUUACCACAUGUACGGAGCCACAGUGAACACAUUGAAUGUGUACAUAGUCAAUACAGAAGGUACCAUUGGUGCACCUGCGUGGACAAAUAGAAACAAUCAAGGAAACAUUUGGCGACUUGGAAAACUGUCAGUUGAAACAAAGACUUCCUUCCAGAUAGUGUUUGAAGGAAUUACAGGAAGUGGUAAUACAGGAGAUAUUGCUUUAGACGACGUCAGGAUCAUCGAUGGGGCAUGUUUGAGAAACAAAACUUGCGAUAUUGACUGCUUGAUAGGAACAGACAAAGAUCAAGACUUAACUGAUGCUAACUGGAGCAUAGUACAUAAACACAGAUCUCCAGUUACCGGUGAUGCACAAUACCAAUGUGAUUUCGAAGAUCCACACAUCUGUUACUUUGAACAAGAUAAAUAUGAUGAUUUUGAUUGGAGAAGAAGAUCUGGAUCAACAUACACAUUAAGUACUGGCCCUACGUAUGACCACACCUACGGAACAUCACAAGGUUCCUACAUGUACAUCGAAACUUCAUAUCAGCGAUACAACCAAACCGCUCGUCUUUGGACAUUGUCAUAUCCUGCAACAAACGGCACAUGCAUCAAGUGGUUUUACCACAUGUACGGGGCCACAGUGAACACAUUGAAUGUGUACCUAGUUAAUGCAGAAGGUACCGUUGGUGCACCUGCGUGGACAAAUAGAAACAAUCAAGGAAACAUUUGGCGACUUGGAAAGCUGUCAGUUGAAACAAAGAGUGCCUUCCAGAUAGUGUUUGAAGGAAUUGUAGGAAGUAGUAAUACAGGAGAUAUUGCUUUAGACGACGUCAGGAUCAUCGAUGGGGCAUGUUUGAGAAACGCACAAAACCAAUGUGAUUUCGAAGAUCCAUACAUCUGUUACUUUGAACAAGAUGAAUAUGAUGAUUUUGAUUGGAUAAGAACAUCUGGAUCAACACCCACAUAUGGUACUGGCCCUGCGUAUGACCACACAUACGGAACAUCAGAAGGUUUUUACAUAUACAUAGAAGCUUCAGAUAAAAACCUCAAUGACACUGCUCGCAUUUGGACUACUUUUUAUCCAGCAACGAACGGCACAUGCAUCCAGUGGUACUACCACAUGUACGGGGAAACAGUGAACACACUGAAUGUGUAUAUAGUCAAUACAACAAGUACCGUUGGCACAAUUGCGUGGACAAAAAGAAACAACCAAGGGAACCUUUGGCAACUUGGACAAAUCUCAGUUGAAAUAAACAGUACCUUCAAGAUAAUCUUUGAAGGCAUUGUAGGAAGUAGUUUUUCUGGUGAUAUUGCUUUAGAUGACAUCAUGAUCACCGAUGGAAUAUGUUCAACAAAUGAUAAUGAGGCGCCAAUAAUCACAUUUUGCCCAUUAGAUGCAUAUCUUUUGGCAAACAAGACAAACAAUGCCGCUGUUGCAAUCUGGAAUCCUCCUGCUGCAACAGAUAACUCAGGUGUGCCUCCAUAUAUUACAACAAAUAUUCAGCGAGGGGAUUUGUUAGCAAUUGGAAACCACCUUGUAUCAGUCACUGUUAAGGACAGUUCAGGAAACAUCAACAGCUCAUGUUCUUUCAACCUAAAAGUCAUAGGUGACGUUAAUGCAUCAUCAUCAGUACCUGACUACCUGAUAGCUGUGUAUAUUCUCUGUGUCUUCAUUUUCAUGAUGUCACCGUUAUUUAUCUUCCUCUGCAGAUCACAUUUUGUUAAUAUCAGAACGGAAGCACCAACGGAAAUGAAUGAUUAUGUAACACCAAUAAAUGUACCAACCUAUUUGUCAACUAUUAUCAAACAAUCUAACAGUAUGGACUUGCACAGGAGUGAUAAUACCCCUCAUGAUUAUGUUGAAAUGCCAAAUGGUGAUACAGGAUAUGAAGUACCUCUGGCAACCAGCGGUAUAAGCAAUGAUGUUGCACCACAAUCUAUGGAAACACACUGUAUUAAAAUAUACUUGAGUUACUCCAGCUACACUGAUAUGGCAGCUAUAUUUGAUAGUUGA